AUGUCAUCCAGUCGUCCUGAGCUGAAGUUUUCAGAUGUGUCAGAGGAAAGAGGAUUUUACAAAAGGUUUGCCAGCUUGCCAGAAAAGCCCUCCCAAACCAUAAGAAUCGUCGACAAAGGUGAAUACUACACGGUGGUCGGGAAUGACGCUCUUUUUGUGGCAGAGAAUGUUUACCACACGAACUCUGUGCUGAAGGAAUGUAGGAUCGAUCCCGGUACUGCCAAAACAAUCCACGAGCCUCUCAAAUAUGUUACGAUCUCUUCACAGGUUCUCUCUGGUCUUCUCAAACUCUGCCUCUUGGAGCAAGGCAUAAAAGUGGAGAUAUAUGACAAAUCCUGGAAACUACUCAGAAGUGGAUCUCCAGGUAACAUUGAACAAGUGGACGAUCUAAUGAAUAUCUCGUUCGACUCUGCAAUCGUUCUUACCAGUAUCAAGAUUCACCCCAACGCGCAGGAGGGCAACUGCGUUCUGGGCGUGUCUUUCAUAGACAGCGGGUCUUACAAGCUAGGAAUGCUAGACAUUGUUGAUAAUGAGGUCUUCUCGAAUUUAGAAAGUUUCCUUAUCCAAAUGGGCGUUAAAGAGUGCCUUCUUCCUGACCAGAGAUGCAACGAAACUAUGUCGAACGAAUUGAAGAAGAUGGUGGGUGUCCUGGACCGUUGCGGCUGCGUCUCCACUUUUGUUAAAAGCUCCGAAUUUUCGCAUAAAGACGUGGAACAGGACCUCGUCAAACUUGUCGGGGACGAACUUUCCAUGUCGCUAAUGAAAUUCUCCAAUCUGGCCCUGGGAGCUUGUAAUGCAUUACUGAGCUACUUGCAAAUUAUGAAUAACGAAUCUCAAAUGGGGAAAUUUGAGCUAGUUCAGCACUCGCUAACAGAAUUUAUGAAACUUGAUGCAUCUGCGUUGAAAGCGCUCAGCGUUUUUCCUAUCAAUAACUUGGGAUCAAGCGGCAUCCCCGCUAGUCACAGCUCUUUUGGUAGCGGGUCCAGAAUAACAAGUAUGUUCCAACUCUUGAACAAGUGCAAAACUAACGCAGGUGUCAGAUUACUCAAUGAGUGGUUGAAACAGCCUCUUACCGACAUCGAGGAGAUCAAGAAAAGGCAUGAUCUUGUUGAUUUCUUGAGUGACCAGUUAGAGUUGAGAAAGCUUUUGCAAACGGACUAUCUGCCAUUGGUUCCCGAUGUUAGAAGACUGACCAAAAAACUGAUAAGAAAUGGAAGUCUGGAGGAUGUUCUUAAAAUAUACCAAUUUGCAAGGAAAGUUCCCGAGAUAUCCCAAGUUUUGGAUGAUUACUUGAAAGACGUGAAUGAUGAAGAACCUAUUAAACCCUUAGUUCUGAACACUUGGCAAAAACCUUUGACUGAGCACCUCGCCCCUCUAGACAAGUUUCAGGCAAUGGUGGAGACUACAGUAGAUUUAGAUGCUUAUGAGUCCACGAAUGAGUUUAUGAUUAAGGUGGAGUUUAACGAGGAUUUGGCCAAGAUUCGCGCCGACCUGGAUAAUCUCAAAGACAGCAUCAGAACCAUUCAUCUAGAUGCAGCGGAUGAUCUAGGAUUUGACCCCGAAAAGAAGCUGAAGCUGGAAAACCAUCACAUCCAUGGUUGGUGUAUGAGACUGACCAGAAACGACGGUAAAGCACUUCGUCAACAUAAGAAAUUCUUGGAGCUGACGACCGUGAAAGCGGGUAUUUAUUUCAGCACUAAAGAGUUAAAGCAGAUAUCCGAGCAGACUGCUCUUUUGCAAAAGGAAUACGACAGGCUGCAAUCUGACCUUGUCAAGGAGAUAGUGCAGAUAACGCUCACUUACACUCCUGUAUUGGAAAAGCUGUCGAUAGUUCUGGCGAAACUGGAUGUUUUGAGCUCUUUUGCUCAUGUGUCCUCGUAUGCUCCAAUCCCAUACGUCAGACCCACUAUGCAUGGCCUAGGCACACAACGGAAGACUGAACUCAUUGCCUCGCGGCACCCAGUCUUGGAGGUCCAGGACGAUGUGACCUUUAUUUCCAACGAUGUCCGACUAGAGAGUGGGAAAAACGAGUUUCUCAUUAUAACGGGGCCUAAUAUGGGCGGGAAGUCCACCUACAUUCGCCAAGUUGGCGUGAUAUCUCUCAUGGCCCAGAUUGGCUGUUUUGUCCCAUGCGAUACGGCCGAAAUUGCGGUAGUAGACGCUGUUUUGUGCCGUGUUGGCGCCGGUGAUUCGCAGUUGAAAGGUGUUUCUACGUUCAUGGUUGAGAUGCUGGAGACCGCAUCAAUCCUCAAGAAUGCCACUCAGAAUUCUUUGAUUAUUGCCGACGAAUUGGGCCGCGGAACGAGUACUUACGAUGGUUUCGGGCUUGCGUGGGCCAUAUCCGAACACAUCGCCACCAAACUCAAGUGUUUUGCGCUGUUUGCGACUCAUUUCCAUGAGCUGACCUUGCUCGCCGACGAGGUUCCUACCGUCCAAAACAUGCACGUCAUUGCGCACAUCGAAGACCUGGAUAAAAGCUCGCAUUCAGCUGACGACAUUACAUUAUUGUACAAGGUUGAGCCCGGCAUUUCGGACCAGUCUUUCGGUAUUCACGUCGCGGAGGUGGUCCAAUUCCCAACCAAGAUUGUAUCCAUGGCCAAGCGAAAGGCCGCUGAGCUGGAAGAUUUGAAGCACGACUCUCAAAUGCUCAAAAAACAAAAAUGCUCCUCUGAGGAAAUAGCAGAGGGCACUGAGGUCUUGAAAAACCUACUAAAGAAAUGGGUCAAAGACGUACGCGACCAGGGCCUUGAGCACACAAUUACUGAAGACCAGAGCCAAGAAAAAAUCGUUCAAUUGCUCAACCAGAUCACUACAACGUCCUCCCACACUGACAACAAGUUCAUGAAGGAAAUUUCGCGGUUGUUGAUGUGA